AUGUUGGAAGAUCCCACGGCAUCCCUUCCCAAUCAAGUUGCGGUUAAAAGAUUCGGCGAAGAGUAUGAGUUUGAUCGACUUCAUUUCGAAGACUCCAACUUACCGGAGAAAGCCAAUGCUGCGUUGAAUCGAGCGCGUACCUUUGUAAAUAUGAACUUUGAGCCAGAUGUCAGAUAUGAUCUUGAUAUCUUUUGUUCCAACAAGCGACUCAACCUCGACGUUUAUAGUCAUCUUCAUCUCCUCGUUUUCCAACAACUUUUACCUCAUCUUUGGCUCACUGUUAGAGCUGGUCGUGCACAGGAAAUUCCCCGAGAGCAUAGAAUUAUAAUAUUGCAGUUAAGGCAGGCUAUACUUCGAGAUCUUGCAUUUAACUCUGCAGAGAAUAAUUACAAGGAGAAGAAAGAGGAAGGAAAAUGGAGACAAGCGAUGGGUGCGGACGCCCCGCUCAUUGCAGAAGUCUGCGUUAAUCCUUCAACUGAUAGAUGCAUGAUAUGCCUGGAAUCGUUGAAUAGCAGAGUGUGUCUAAAAUUGAAGUGUAACCACACGUACCACAAAGAUUGUCUUGCACUGAUGGCCGAGUUCAAGGGAUGCGCCAUCUGCAGAGAUGAAUGCCGUGGUCCAUUGCCUGAUAUAUCAGUAGAGAAUGAUGGCCCAUGGCCAGAAUGGUUACAAGCGAUCGCUCCUCCUCAACGCCCACGAGUGCAGGAAGAGCUUCUUGCGCAGCCUCCUCCUACAGAUGAGGAAAUAAGUGGAUUAGAGGCGGCUUUCAAUCAAACUCAAAAAAGAACUGCAGAGUUGUACGAGAGUGUGUUGAGCAAUCAACAAGAUCUUUUGAAUGCCAGACUCAAAGUGGAAGGCAGUGAGUACAGCAUGAAAGAAAAGGCGUCGAAGAUAAGUGACCUUGAGUGGGACGAACAUAACAGUCGCAUGGCUGUUAACUUAGGCGAGGGAAAGGAACCGAUAAGCGAAACAUACAAGCGCUAUGAACAAUCGCUGUACGUGAAGAGGUUGGAGGUAAUGGAUCGCGAGCUCGAUCAUAUAAUUAGCCUUGAGGAAUACAAUAGGUUACCUUCUGAUCCCACCCAAGAGGUCAAUCAUAGGAUAUAUCGACAGAAAGAGUGGGUAGGCGCGCGAAGUCUAUAUUAUACUCAGCAAAGAAAGCAGGUAUUAGGACAGGCAUUGGAAAGUGUUUACUACAAUAUUCUUUCCUUUGACGACACGUAUAAUCUCAGCUUUCUGAGGGAGGAGGAAGGCGAAGCGGAGGAAAGGUUGAGUCAAUCUGAACACCUAUGGAGACAAAGCAUAGUUGCGCGGGAUGACGCAAAAGAUAGAUGGGACUUUGCUCUAUAUCAUAAGUCUUUGUUUGAAUCCAAUAACUAA